AAGGUCGCAAAAAGGAAACGGCGGGCAGGUUUGAAAACGCACUGACUUAUUUACCUUGCCUGUUUUUCAGACCAUAGCUUCUAACGGUCCUGUCUUGUACGAUGCAAAAUGUUUUUAAAACCAUUCUCCGUGAGAUCUAAUUCUCAAAUCAAGUCUUGUGAAAAGAAGCAACUUCUAAACUCAUUCUAUAAGCAGUAUGGAUUAGAUCCUACAAAUGUUUCGGAAAUUUUUAAAACAAAAGAUGUUCACCGUUUAAAAAUCAUAACUUCAUCAGAAAUAAAAGUAAAUAUCUACAAAUUUGGAAAUAUUCCUUUAAUUAUUGAAAACGAAAACGAACAUCUCCCUACAGUUUACCUUCUAUGGCAAUUCCCGAACCUUCUCCCACACUUCAAAGUACAUGAGAACUUAGUUUCCGUUCUAAUGAAAGGGGCUGACCUUAUGCUUCCUGGAGUAGUAACUGAUGGCCCGAUUCUUCCUUAUACAUUUAAUAAGAUAGAAAAGGGUAUUCUUUGUUGUAUCAGCACAACUUCCAACCGUGCACCGAUAGCUAUCGGGCGCACAGCUUUGUCAAACUACGAUAUGUAUAUGAGUGCCGGUAGGGGGAAAGCUGUAUCCGUGCUUCAUGUUAUGGGCGAUCAUGUGUGUUCCCUGGUGUCAUCAUUCAACCGUCCCAUCCUCCCAUGGCCUAUUAUCGAUGAGGUUUCUCCUAAAACAAAUGAAGAAAUGGACAAUGCCAAUGAUGAGUCGAAAUCCCCAGUAAAUAUGUUGUCUCAACAAACAUCGGAUGAUAAAAAUAUCAGCGAAGAAUUGGAUGAUCUUCAUUUAGAAGAACCAUUUGAGUUACAACCAUCACUUGAUCUUGAUAAAAUUCUACGGGAGUGUUUUUUAAAAGGUCUUAAGUUGAUCAAAAUAAGUCAACUUCCAAUACAAGUGAAUAUUUUUUAUUCUCAAUACGUUUUGGUACACAAAUCUCCAUCAGUGGAUCUAGAUAUCAAGAAAACAAAAUUUAAGAAGGUUGGCCUAUUUUUGAAAGCUAUGCAAGAUGAAGGUUUCGUCGAGGUGACUGAACCGAAAUCUGGUGUAUUGAUGUUAAAUCAUAUUAAUAAAGAUCAUAUUGAAACUUCGCACAUUCAAACAUUUCUCUACCUACUUCGGUUUGGGCUAUUGGGUGAUAUCACUAUCUCAUGCGCAAAACAUGCAACCUAAAACCAAGUAUAUAAACCUGUAUCUCGGUAAAUAAAUUACACUAAAAUGUUGUAUUUUUCUUUUUCUUUCGAACUAUUCAUCUUUUUAGGAAACCAUUAAACAUCGAUAACGGGUUGAACUAAAUGUAUAUUAGUGUGAUUUUAAGUUAUAUUUUCGCCCUUCAAUUUCGUAUUACUGAAAUUCUGUUCCUAGGGUAAACAACUCUGAUCCUUACACAAUAUGUGUCAGUUCAAAUUUAGUACACAAGUAUUGUAUUUGAAUUCUGAGUUCCAUUAAUUUUAUUUUCUGUAUCUGACUGCAAACUUUCAUUUGAUGUCUUCGAAACAGUAUCAUGCUAACUUCCUUCAAAUCAAAUAAUAUAACGUAGCUCACGCGUCAAGUACAUACUUAUAUGUCCCAUGUUGAGCUGCACCUUUUGUGUAAUGACUAGUAUUAUUGUGAACGAAGACGCAAGCUGGGACAAUCUGUUUACUGUUUAGUACAAAGUUACAGAAUAUCUUAGUAAAAUAUGAGAAUCAUACACUGAAUAUUCCAUUUGAAAAUUUCCAUCAUUUGUCCAUCACGUUCUCUAUGAUUCUUCCUGUCCACAAUUCCUUUCUAUUCUCUUCAACUCGAUCUUCUUAGCCUUCUGUUGCCAGGCUUUCCACUUGAUUGGUGUUGCAUACUACUGACGUCUGUCGAUAUAAGUAGCUUACAUAACAGUAUCAAUAUCCGAACAGUAGAUUGAGAGCUGUUCAAACUCGUGACUCAGUAGUUUAAAACCUAUCACCUAAACUACCAGGAAAUCGAAAUACUUUACUUUAGUCUAUAUUACUUGAUAUCAUUAGCUAACGAACGAUUACCACUUAUGUAUGUACUGAGUGAUAUCACUUGUUUUUCCUUUUUAUGCAUUUGUUUAUUCGCAUUUGAUAAAUUUGAAGUAUUAGAACCUAGUUCUAGUCCCAUAAUUAGCCUUUCUAUGAUUUCGAAAACUUGAAUCAACCAAUAUUCUUUCCCUGCAUUCAGCUGAACGUAGUACUUAAAAUCCAGAAUAAUUACAAAGGGAACAUGAUAAGCUGAAGUGAAUAUAUGCAGUUAUAUACACCAGAGGACUAAAGUAUUCCUACCACUAAUUUAUGAUUUAAGAUAAUUUAUUCUGUGGAAUCUUUCAUUUUAUCAAUUACCUAAUGCUGUGUAAUUCAUCACAAAAGUUUGAUUAUUAUUUUUAAUUUCAUAAUAUGCACUCAUCUAGAUUACGAGGAGUAACCGUUCCUGCUUCAAUAACAAAUCCUAAAGUUGAGUGUCAUUGGCCAGGUGACUAUAUGGGCCCGCCCCAAAUUGAAGAUAUUCGAAUAAUUAAGGGACCUGUUACAGCUUUAUUUUCACAGUUUGGUUAUAAGUCAGGCGAAUGUAUUAGCCAAUCAGAAGCCAGAAGGACUAUUGAUAGUUAUGUUCGAAACAAUAAGCUUCAGUUGAUUACAGAUCCGAGGUAAAUGCAGGAUAUGUUUUAGUGCUUAUUUGCUGAAUAAAUAUGUUUUUCUUUAUUAUUAGCUCUUUCGAGCUAGUUAAUAAGCAAAGUAAUUUUACUAAUUUCUCAGUCAAUUUCAUUAAUUAAUGAUUAUGUCAAUUAUCAUAACAUUCACCUCCUUAGUUAUCUUAUCAUAAAGUUGGAUAUUUCCCAAUAGAACAUUUCUAUAGUGUUCAACCCUUGUACGUUGGUGAAAUAUAUUUGUAUACUGUUUUAUUUCUUUUCAUAUACGAAUAUGUCAGCUGUGAUUUAAGUAAAAAUAAAUGUAUUGUACCUCAGGAUAUGGAUGCUACUAUGAUAGAAGUUACCUCUGACUGUCCAUUUAGUCUGUGACCUCACUUCAAUGACAUUUUAAUCAUUAUUUUUACUUCUAACUUUGACUGAAGGAAAUUUUCUUCAACUGACAAUAACUGUUGAAACAAUAUUUGGUUACUUAGAUGAAUGUUUAGACUUGGGCCUUUGGUCAUGAAAUUGAUUGCCAUUACAGAUAUAUAAAUGAUAAAUAUUAAAUCGUGCAUGAUUUCAAAAAAGCUACGUCCAUCCCUCAUUUUUUCUUUUUAAUUGUUUUUUUGUAUCACUAAGUUCAAAUUUAAUUAACUGUAAACAAUUUGAAGAUUAUUGGUUUUCCUUAUAGUUUGGUUCGUUUAGACAAAUUAUUAACGAGCAUAUGUGAGCCGAAAACUUUUAUUGAAUCCCCUGAAAGUACCAUAUCAAAUCCAAUUUUUCACAUUCGUUUUGGUGAUCUUAUUUCUCAAGCUUUAAAAAACUUAACUACUGCUUAUCGUAUAACUUAUCCGGACAUGUCCACCCCUGUAAUCUGGAAUAGAAAAGAACCACCUCAUAUACAUUUGUAUAUUGUUACGAAAGCUGGAAAAAAAUUAGUAAGUUAGCGUUUAUUUUAAAAACAAUGAUAGCGACCAACAUUUUCUUUAUGUAUCACAAACUUUUGUUUUGAGCGCAACUGUUUACCAAUACUUAACCUGUCCCACCUCAGAAGAAUAAUCUGAGGAAUGACAUUUAUCGUUGUUAGGACUGUCAACUAAUUAACUAACUAGUUAAAAAUCUCUUAAUUGUUUACAAAAAAUUGUCAACCAGUAUACGAACAUAAAUAAAAAGAUGAUUUAACCUAGAAAACACAUGUGAUUUUGUAUACAACUAAUUUUAUCUUACUGAAGGAAAAAGAAUAGUUAAUGAUUGCAGACUACUGUUAAUAUUGAUGACAAAUAAUUUCUUUAGUUAUCAUGUUUAUUUAACUUAUCUAUGCGUUGAUUAUUUAUUCAUUUACGGAUUUACCAUAUAUUUAGACUCGAAUAGCAGAAUUGGAAAAUUUUCACAUUAAUCCAGAUUCAUUUUCUAAACAGCUGAAAAUAAAUUUAGCCUGUUCAGCCGGGAGAACGGAUGAUCAACAGUACCCGGGUAAAAUUGUCAUUCAAGCCCAAGGUGUUCACCUUGUAGCUAUCUCGAAAUUACUUACAGAAUCGUACUCAAUACCAAAGCGAUUUAUUAAAGGUUACACGGAACCAGAUAAAAAGUAAAUGUUAGAUUUAAUCACUGACACAUACUUUUUUGUAUACAAAAUAAUUGAAAAUUUUCUGUACAACUUGCUGAUUUGAAUGUACAUUUUCUAAAAAGUACUUUAAUAAUCCUAUCACUUUC